AUGCCAAAGGGUACCGGCUGUUUAAAUGAAGGUGAGGCGCUGUAUGAUAAUUCUUCUAGGAUUGAACCUAAGCGUUCUCAUCAGUGGUUCAUGGAUGGCCCUGAGGUAGAGCUAUUCCCCAACAAGAAACAGGCUGUUGAAGUUCCAAACAACAAUCUAUUUUCAGGAAUGUUAAACGCAAAUGUUUCUCCAUGGGGGAAUGUUCCCAGUUUUCACUCAUUCUCUGGCCAUUUCACUGAAAGGUUAUUUGAUUCUGAAACAGACCGAGCUGUGAAUUUUGAUGAUAGAAACAUUCCCGCAGCUGAAACUGAAAAGAUGAACUUGGCUAGAAAAGUUAACGAGGAUCUAUUUGGGAAUGAUUCCUCAUUUGGUUUAUCUAUGUCACAUACACUGGAAGAUCCUAGAACAAGUCCUAAUUAUGGUGGGUUUAGAAAAGUCAAAGUUAGUGAGGUAAAGGAUUCUGAGAAUGUCAUGCCUGUUUCGAUUGGACAUGCUUAUAAUCAGGGGGAUAAUGGUGCCAUGUUGGCAGCUCAUGUUUACAAGGCCGAUGACAACACAGCAUCAAUGGGUCUUGCUUAUAAGAAAGGGGAUGACAGCUUCAUAUCUAUGAGUGAUACCUAUAACAGGGCAGAUAACAAUUUCAUAUCAAUGGGACAACCCUUUAACAAAGGGGAUGAAAACAUAUCAAUUGGUCAAACAUACAAGGAGAGUAAUAACACCCUAUCAAUGGGUCAGACAUUCAACAAGGGUGACAAUAAUAUCAUCUCUAUUGGUCAAACCUACAAUAAGGUAGAGGAAAGUACCAUAUCAGCUGGUCAUAUCUACAAUAAAGGGGAAGACAGUACCAUAUCAAUGGGUCAUGCCUACAGCAAGGGUGACAGCAAUAUGUUAUCAAUUGGUCACUCUUAUAACAACCGAGAAAGUACUAUCAUAUCCUUUGGCGGAUAUGAUGAUGAUGAUGCACAUACCUCUGCAAUCUCUGGUUAUGAACUUCUUAUGGGUCAACCAUUUCCAAAAACAGAAGCUAUGAAUGAGAAAGAGUUGGGCAAAUCAAAUGCUGAUGCACUUGUCAAUUUACCUCAUAUAACUGCUGGAAAUGAAAAUAUUUCUAAAAAGAAAGUUGAACAAAAAAUGUCUAAGAAGGUUCCUCCAAACAACUUCCCUUCAAAUGUGCGAAGUUUGCUAUCAACUGGUAUGCUGGAUGGAGUUCCUGUAAAGUAUACUGCCUGGUCGCGGGAGAAGGAGCUGCAGGGUGUGAUUAAAGGUUCUGGGUAUCUAUGUGGCUGUCAGUCAUGCAACUUCUCCAAGGUAAUCAACGCAUAUGAAUUUGAGCGUCAUGCUGGUUGCAAAACAAAACACCCAAAUAAUCACAUAUAUUUUGAGAAUGGGAAGACUAUCUAUGGGAUUGUACAAGAGCUCAGGAGCACACCCCAGAAUAUGUUGUUUGAAGUUAUUCAGACUAUUACUGGUUCACCUAUCAAUCAGAAAUCCUUCCGCCUUUGGAAAGGUGAUGCAAAUGAUCUCUUUAUUUCUGUUGGUGCCUUUCCCCUAAACAAUAAUCCUUUUUGGCAGCAACACGUGAACUUCAGCGUAUAUAUGGCAAGGAUGAGGGGAAGCAAUUUUCAUGAAGCAAGCUUGUUGGAAUUGCAAGGCAGGAUCAUCUUUGUUUUGUGCAUACAAGUAAUCUUUUUUGGCUAUAACUCAGUACUCGUUGACGGUGGCUUCACCACUAACACAAGGGCUCAGGCUCGGGGUAGUUAA